CCUGUUUUUCGGCGGUUGAGUGUUCUUCCCCUACUCCUUGGAAGGCGGCCUUCGGACUCGGCUCUUGCCGUUUUGCUAAGAAUUGUGCUACCGACAAAAUUCGAUAACUACUAGAAGCGGAAAGGGGCUCACUUCGACGCGGUGAAAGAACGAGAUUGCGUCGGUUCAUUGUUGCACCAGUGCAGAGAACUGAUGGACGAUUUUGACACUGAUUCAACAUCGCAGGCCGGCUGUACUAGCAUAGGCCCACAAGCACUAAUGCGGAUGUGUUUCCAAGCUAUAUUAAGAAGACCGACAUGACAACGACAAGAUGGACAUCGCCAGCUUCCGCGAGAUGAUUUCACUGGCUUCUGGCUUCAGCAAAUUGCGGACGAUUCGAGUCCCACGGUUCGUUUUCGAACUCGCAUUCUCAUCUAUACUGUUUUCCAUAGUGACAGAGUGCAAGUGCUUGGAAGUCAGACUUGCAGCUCUGCGUCUGAUAAGAAUACUCGGGGCCGAGAGAGAAAGCUGGUUCGAGAGUCACAUCUUGUAUGCUCUAGGUCGACAACGAAUUGAGAUGGAACAUGGGGUUAUUUUGGAUGAUUUUGACUGUCCCCAGGAUUUUGUCUUGCAUUUGGAUGUGUAGCUUCGAGCCGGCAAAUAGUAGCACGUCCCAGUUGCAAUCCAUGAAAUACAUUGAUGCCGACGGGUUGGGUCGACG